AUGCCCGACGCCGGGGCGCGGGGGAUGUGGGUGAGCCGCGCGAGCGCGUCGAAAGAGAUUGUGGUGCCCCCGCUGAACUUUGACAUGGUUGCGCCGGGCGUGUACCGUAGCGGGCACCCGAAUGAGCGCAACUUUCGAUUUUUGCAGCGCCUCAAUUUGCGCAGCAUCGUAUACCUGGCCAACGACGACUACCGCGAGAAUGUGCGCGAGUGGGCGGCCGCUGAGCACCUCAACGUCUUUCACCACCGCGUAAAUAUGAACAAGGAGCCGUUCACAGAGAUGGACGAGGCUGAAGUCGCGCUCGCGCUCGAGCAUGUGCUCGACAAGCGCAACCACCCCGUGCUGAUCCACUGCAACAAGGGCAAGUACCGCGUGGGGUGCCUCGUGGGGUGCCUGCGGCGCCUGCAGGGAUGGAGCCACAUUAGCAUCCUGGAGGAGUACGCGCGCUUUGCGGGUGACAAGAUCGCCGACGAGGAGUUUAUCGAGAUGUUUGACCUCGCGCGGGUGCAGCUCGACCCCGAGCACAAGCCGGGGUGGCUGUAG